GUAUGGGAACAUCUAAAAAAUUAGCAAAGCGACAUGCUGCCGAGAAAUUACUUGAAAAAUUCCGCAAUUUUUGUCAGGAUAAUAUCACAAUUUCUUUAGGAAAAGAACAAAUGCAUACUUUGGGAUGCACCUGGGAUAGCUUAAGGAACUCUUCUGGCGAAAAAAUUACUCUGUUGAAGAUAAGCUCCCUCAGUAUUCCCAAUACAGACUAUAUUCAGCUCCUUGGAGAAAUAGCAGAGGAGCAAGGUUUUAAAAUAAAAUAUUUGAACAUAG